GCUUGCUGCGGGUUGACGCACAGAUGGAGCGCGCGCUGCGGACUCAGUAGAACAUCACACGCACGGAGACGCAUCAGGGAGAAUUCAAGAGAAUCCGCGAGUUUCCUCCUCGACCCUCGCAGCCUCCGACAGGCCCAUGGAGAGCGGGGCCCCGCUUGUCCGCACCGGGGGCGCGUUGAUCGGAUGCCUGUGGCCACAGCUGCGCCGUUAGGUGUUUUCCAUUCUGGAUUAAUUGGUUGACCGAUGGCUCCCAAACAUGCGCUCCUCUGCCCCGGGGUCGCAGGGGUAACUGGGGAAGGAGACCCCCGCUCCUCCUCCUCCUCCUCCUCCUCCUCAUGGAUCCUGGAUGCGGGGAUGCUGGCCGUCCGCACGCCGAGGACCGCGCACCGGAGCCGGGCGCUGGGUGGGAUGACGGCCCGGUGGUUUGUGGCGGGCGGCGCGGUGCUGAUGCUGAUGAUGCAGAGCUGCUUGGCCGCUGACGCUGAGGGAGGUCAUCCUGACUCAGUGAGGCGGGCUGUGUUGCCUCUGGACCCUGCAGCUCCCUCCAACCUCUCAGCCACCCCUGAAAUUGGAGACAGGGCCGGGGGUGAAGACAAAGAAGCGUUGGACGGGGCUGACGUGGACGACCCCGGGGCUUGGUCCGAGGGCCGAGUGUUCGCCGAGGACAGAGCAGCGGUCUGGACUGAGACGGAAGCAGCGGUGCGUCCCGGAGCAGGUGGCAAAGUCUUUGCGGAGACUGGCAUUUUGAGGGGAGCCGGUGCCUGGGCUGAAGUUGGGGCUGAGUGGAGGCCGGUGGACAGGGAGGGGGGCGACCUGCCAAACAUGCCCAGGGACCCGACCGCCUGGCUGGGGGAGCAGGGGCUGCACGCGCGUGGGGAGGGCCGCAGAGAGCAGGCGGCUUUUUCAUCAGUCCUCACCAUGCUGGCGGAGACGGCAGAGUUGCAGGCUCCAGCAGUGGGGAAACCUUUAGGGCUGCUGUCUAAAGCUGCCUGGACCAGAGGCUCCUCUUCAUCGUCAUCCAAGACCUCCUCCUCCUCCUCUUCCUCCUCCUCUUCUGCAGCAAAGGCCUCCUCCCUGCCUUCCUCAUCCUCAUCCUCAUCCUCCUCAUCCUCCCCACCCAGUAACAGAAACAGUCCCACAGCCGGGUCGAACAACGUAACUCUGGUGGCCGUCAACAGCAACUCCUCCAACAGCAACGGCAGCUUCGGCUCAGACGAGCCGGUGAACAACCUGCCGGCCUGGGACCUCCCCACCGUCCCCGAGUCCCUCCUCUCCACGGUGGGCGACCACGACUUCACACUUCCCGCCAACGUCACCAGCCCUUUCUCCACCCACCACUGGAACACCACUGUGCCCGCACGCACCGGAAACACCUCACGCCCCACCACCACACCCAGCACCACCAUGCAGACGCCUCUGUUGACCACCGCCCCCAUGUCAGCUUCACCGGUUUCCACUGCGGCGACUGCACAAACGCCGCCAGAACCCACCACGGCUCCAAACAGCACGAGCCAGGACCUUGUGACCGGUGACGGCCUUCAGCUGACCACGGUAACCACGACGAUGCCCUCGACGACCACUCUGACUGUGACCACCGGUGAGGUGACGAUGCAGGCGGUGACCACUGUGAGUGCUGUGACGUUACCGCCAAACAUCACAGCUGCCGCGACCGCGCAGCAGACGACGAGCCUCAAACCGACCACAGAGGCCACGUCUCCGCCUACAACGACCACCACGACCACACCGGCCCCCACUACCACCACCACGGUACCUCCAACCACCACCACCACUACUACUACCACCACCCCUCCUCCCACUACUACAACUACCACCACCACUACUACCACUACUACUCCUGCCCCCACAACAACCAUGACCACUACUCCAAGUACAACCACCACAACGAAGGCACCUGUCACCACUGUGUUCAUAAUGGAGCACACGACUCCGCCUCCCACUACAACCACAGAACCUCCGUCCAGCACCAGUGCAGAGGAAGGUCCUCUACCGUGCAACGUGACCGAGAAGUACUGGGUCAGAACAGUUUUGUCCAUCGAGCUGCGCAGGAACCGCCUGGACCUGAUCCUGAAGCAGAACCUGUCCAAAGGGCUGAGCCACGCGCUGCAGCGAGCGCUGAACGACUCCACGGCCUCGGCACAGGUGGAACACGACGACUGCAGCCCCCACAACGUGACCCUGGUGUACUACGUCACCAGUGGGAAAACCGUCUACGUCGCCUCUCGGGUGGUCGAGGCGCUGAACGUGUACGGCUUUGACAAACUGCUGUCGGACAUCAGGCAGCACAUCCCGCUGGUGAGGGCGGUCCUGGUUCCCGUGGCAACCUGGAUGCCCACGCCGAGCAUUCACCUGCAGCUGAGAACAGUGCUGAGGUUCGUCGGCCCCACAGACAACAUCUACUCCUGCAGCUUUGUCCAGAUGUUGGAGCAGCGGCUGGAGAACGCCUUCGACGAGGCUCAGGACAAAGUGCUGGAGACGUACAACCGGCUGGCUGUGGAGAUCCAGAGUGUGUCCCAGGAGCCGGGCUCGCCGUCGGUCUCGCUGGUUUACGUGGUGAAGAAUCAGGACGCCGUUCUCAACGGGACCAUCUCCAGCGGCCUGCUCAACCAGCUGACCGCCGAGCUGGUGGGCUACUUCCUGUUCUACCCCCCCCUCGUCAUCGCCGAGCCCCUUGAAUACCAUAAUCUCAACACGUCGAUGGCAACAAAGAACUAUUGGGUGAUAACAGUGAUCCAGGACGUGGACACCUCCUCCCUGGAGGCCAACUACCAGAGCUUCGCCAACCUGAUGGAGCAGCGGCUGGCCGAGCUGUUCCUGGUGGCCGGCCGGCAGGGCUCACAGGCGGCUCGAUCCCGGCGCGCCACGACCGUAGGGGGCUACACUGUACAGAUGGUGAGCAUCCGUCGACUGCCCGGCCCCAAGAACCCUGCAGAGAUGACGUACUACGCCCAGCUGAAUGGAGCAGCCAUCACUGGAACCACUGCUGCCAAGACCCUCAGCAGCCUGGACUCCCAGACCAUGGCUCUGACGCUGGGAUACUUUGUACAAGUGCAGGCUGAACCCGUGGUAAAGAUUCCGCCCAGCAACCUGUGGAUCAUGGCCGUCCUGACGCCCCUCUUCCUGUUGAUGGUGGUGAUCGGCAUGGUGGCCUUCAUCCUGUGCAAGAGGAACCGGGUCAUCUUCAAAAGCGGCGCCUUCAGGUCGUUCAAAACCCGCUCCAAGACGUCAUACCGAAGGGAGGCCAGUUACCACCACCAGCCGGUCCAGGGCUUCGACUACGCCAAGAAGCACAUGGGUCGAACGGGCGACGAUGCCGUCUCCGUUACCAAGGAAACGCUGGUGCUGGGGCUGCCUGUGCGAGACGCUCCGUUGUCACUGUCCCUGGAUAAGAAGGUCCACCAGGACGGGACGGCCAGUAAGAGGCCGCCAUCGGCCGACAUUCACAAAGGAGGACGGUUGCCAAGCGAGGAGGACGGCUCGGUGUCGAGUAGCGGCUCGGCGAAGCUGAACGCCAGCAAGAGCUCGUCGGCCCGUCGGACGGCGACCGGCAGCAGCACCAAGAACGCCAAGGAGGAGCUGCACAAGAGGAGCACCAACGACCCGUACGAGGACCACACUGGUUCCCUGCGUCUCAUCACCAUCAAACCCAUGACGGCCCAGCCCACCUACUCCUACCCCUCGUCCUCCUCCCACAGUCAGGACUCUGUGGUGCUCAACGGGGACGCGAACCACAGUGGCCUGAAGCAGAAGUCGGACAUCGAGCAUUACAGGAACAAGCUGCGUCAGAAGGCCCGGAGGAAGGGGUACGGGGAGUUCUCGCUGUCCGAGAACGGCAGCCACGGCUACAGUCACCGCGACGCCCGGCACGGUCGGCACGACAACGGCCUCAAGGAGCCGAUGACCGCCGAGGAGAAGAGGGCCUCGUUCGCAGGAUGUCACAAGAGGUACUCUCACCCCCGGGAGCCCAACUACUGGAGCAGACAGUCUCUGAGCAGCCCGAGUCCAGUGGAGACGGAGAUGGACCUGCUGGUGCUGAGGGAACGGUCCAGGAGGGGAAUCCGGAACAACGGCUACGACGGCGAACCGGAACCGUUCGAGGAGACCAACGUGGACCGUCUGAUGAGCUCUCUGGGCUACGGAGGUGGAUCCACUGGCACCGGCAACGGCAGCUUGGGGGUGAAAGCUCACCGCGGCUCCGACUCCUCCACACUCAGCUCCCAGCCAUCCAUUGACGAGGUCCGCACGCAGAUGCACAUGUUGCUAGGCAACGCCUUCAGCCUGGCACCUCCGGACCACGACCCACCCUCCCCGCCAACCAACAGCCGCCACCACCACCACCACCACCUGGCCCACAGCGCCUACAACCCCUCCCACACCAGCCACUACAGCGACGGGGUCACCAGCGCCCCGGGGACCAUGAACCAUCCCUGCGGCGGCAGACAGAGGAGCGCAGGAUAUGAGGACAUGCACCAGUGCAGCCUGCCCAAACCGGGUUUCCGGUUCACUCAGCUUCCUGACAUGGGCAUCGGUUCUCCCCCGCCGCUGAUCCCCUCGAGGCCGGGACCGCCGCCUGGGACCUCACUACGACGUUCCACCCCCGAUGUUAGUCUGAAGCCCCGAGUGUCAGAGGCCUCCGACCUCCAGGCCCAACUGCACAACGGCGCCCCCUACCUGCCACUGUCCAGGACCCCCUUCCCAGCUGUUACCGUCGACCAGUCCAUCACCACCUACUCAGAGGAACGAGGGACUCUACCAUCUUUGCAUUUCACAGGAAACCCAAUAACAGCAGUCUACGCUAUAUCAGCCAACCACCCGGGCUACUCGGAUUAUUUCGUCAUGUCGCCGCCGUCCUCGUACCGUAGCCCGUCCUGGAUGUCCUACCCCCCGGAGCCGGAGGACCUGCCGAGGCAGUGGAACGACACGCCGAACUCACGUCACCUCGAAACCAUCUGCUGAAGACGCCCGUCCCUGACGAGCUCGGUGUCUCUCUGGACUGGAGGACCUGCUUCUCACAGAAGACCCUCUGGAGCUUAAUCAGCCCCCCACCCCCCCCUCCUCCUCCUCCUGGAGUCCGGCCGACCUUCUUCCUGUCUGAUUCCUCCAUCACCAGUGGACCCCCACCCACUCUCCACCUCCCCGGCCCGGCCUCCGUCGAUCCUCUCUCAGCCCGUUUCACCUGAAGCUCCUCCUCCGUCCUGUGAAUCCUCCACCUGGUCAAAGCUCCACUUCGAUCUCCUGACCGAUGAAAAUCUUCAGCCAUAAGAUUCUCUCUCUCUCUCUCUCUCUCUCUCUCUCUCUCUCUCUCUCUCUCUCUCUCUCUCUCUCUCUCUCUCUCUCUCUCUCUCCCCUCUGCUCCCUGAGCCCCCGGCCCUCACCGGCCCUCACCGGCCCUCACUGGGCCCCCGAGUUACUUCUUGUAUGGCGGCUGCCUCCUCUGUGGUGAGAGCCACAGAACAGCCGCAGGCCGCCAACACUGCUGAACUGAACUGAGGUGAUUAGAGCUGCGCCGCGCUUCCCUGCCUGACAACACAAUCGUGUGUGUAACCAGGGCGAGCGCGGUGCAGGGCGUCGUACAGUAACUGCCAUCUGCCCAGCACGCGGUGGCACGCAGCUCCUCCGGGCUGGACCAUCGUGGACUCAGGUCCAAGCCGGGAUCGCUGGACUGACUUUAAAACUGUGCUUUUCUUUUUUUUUUGAUGAAUCCAAAUUCCUAUGUAAACCUCCUACAGUUGGUUAAUAUGUGUAUUUUAAACUUAAGUGAGAAAAAAACAUCUAAAGUGAAAAAGCUGAAAAAAACAACUAACAAAAAAGAAACAACAACCUCUCUUGAGCCGUCUCGAUUUCAGUUUUUGGAUAUUCGUGUGCUUCUGUCUUUUACUUUUGUGCAUUGAUGGUUAUCAAUGGAUUCCUGUACAAAAAACAUGUCGUGAGUGUCUCUCUGUCACUCACCGUAUUUCAAGGCAAAAAAAUAUCGUAUAUUCUUUGAAGCAGAGAAAAACGGCGGCUUAGUUGUCUGUGGCUACGGCGGCAUUUCUGUACUUUUAAAAAGACUUAAUUCAUUUAACCUUUUUCCUUCAUCGGACUCCGGCGGUGAAAAACGAGAAUUAGUCACAAUGUUCCGUCGAUCAUCUGAUUACGACGUUUUCUUUUUUUCGUCGUCUGACCGCGACGCAGACCGGGGUCAAAUCUACGACUGGAACCCGACUCACGCUGUGCUGUGAUUCGUAGCUUCGCCAUCGCUGCUGAGGUCGUUUGCUCCAAACAUUCACAGUGCGAGGAGUUCUGGAUCGUCUCUGUUCCACAUGUGUGAGUGAUCCACCGCUGUCCAGAUGUGUGGAGGGUUCUUUAACACACACCUUAAACCACGCCCCUUUCUCUUACCUAUUGAAUCACCUGUGCUGGCGUGGAAUCGACUGAUGGACACACGUUUCCGAGUCUCUUCGCUCAGAGAACCGAGGUUACAAUGUAACCCAGUGAUUUCAGUUCUGGCUUGACUCCGGUCUGUGACGAUCAUGUGAACACGCCAGUAUUCUUAGAAAACAAACUGUUCUUUUUAACUUGAAAGUUGUCUACUGUAUUCUACUGUGUAAGGAACUUUGACUCUUUUUGGUCUCGAUGAAGGGGACGAAUAUGAAAAUGGCGUCGUCCUGUUCCAGAGGCUCGCCGGGCUCGGACGAGCCGUGUAACGAUUAAAUGUGUCCCUGUAUAUAGAAGAGGAUUUAACAAAGAGAUUUAUGCAAGAGGUGCUGGAGGGAAACAUUGCUCUGAUGCCAUUUUCUUCCUUUUAGUUCCACAUGGUUGAUGAUGGACUGUUUUUUUGAAACGCACACAUUUCAGCAUCAUCUUGUUCCACAGUGUUAAAACAGAGCGUGAGAGUUCCCAGAGGAAACAGAUGGAGGGUUCAGAGCGACAUGCAGCAGAUCCAACCCUGUGUUCACAUCAUUUAUCUCCUUUAAAGCUAAACAACGUAAGUUUCAGUACAAAGAAUGUCACAGUCUAAAUUAUAUUUACCCCUCAUUUUUUCUGAGGACAACUGGAAAUCUAUGAGCACAGUCUGCGUUCGGCGUCUCAUCGUCCAGAAGGUACCAAAGGAGAUUACAGCCAUAUAUUAACAAGACACAGUGUUAUGUCCCGGGUGGCAAAUAAAUCCCAAUGAGAGAAUAAUAGAGAGGAAAUGAUGAGGCAGGAUAGAAUAGAUAGGAAGUAGAGUUUAAAAUGAAAUGAGCACUUUUAUAAAGAGGCCAAACCUGGAAAAAAAGGAGCCGUCAAUGCAAAGAAAAUGCUGUUGUACAGCAUGAGAUAUUCUGGUUCGACAAAUGUACAGAAUGUUUUAGAAAUACUUUGAAAGCUGCACAUUCACAAUCAGAUUUAAAGAGUUUUUAAAUACCCAGACACGUUUUCUGAUCCCUUACACAGGACACAAGGAUUUAUGCACAGUGUUGUUUAAGGGAAAUGGAAGGUUUUAAUGACUUGAGGUGGAAUGUACAUUAUAUAGAAACACAUCAAUUACAGAUUUAGAUGUUUUUAAAGAGUUGAAAUUCUUAAAAUUUAAGAUGAAAUUAUAGAAAUACCAGCUUUGAAACGGGUGGUGGUGGUGGUGGGGGGGGGUUGCUCCUGGAACUUUGUGUGAUAGUAUUUCAAAAAUACAUAUUUAUGUCUUCAAAUACAAAUUGAAAAGUGAGAAUCAACUUAUCGAGUAUUACCUAAAUACAUUUAACGUGUAAAUAAGACAUUUGGUUUUCAUAACGUGUCGAAAGGUGCAAAGUUAUUCUCUCUUAGUUCAGGAAUUUGUUUUUUUUGCGAAUCCGUCUUUUUUUCUAAAUCCAGUUCUGCACAUGAUAAAUGUUCAGUGUGGAGGAAAGUGAAGGGACGAGAUUCACACCAGUGGAGCAUCAUCAUGUUCUCUAAUAACCAGCCAUCGUACUUCAGAUCAUGUGUAGAAACUCGUCCACUCAUGUUUUCUGUUGCCUCCAUGUGUGAAGAGC